AUGAAGAGGGCCUUUGACGAAAUCAAUCAAAAGGAGGAGGAACAGCCUGCAGGCACCACCACGUCCACGCCAGUGGCAGAGGCCCCUGCUGCCUCGGGCGAGGCGACGGCACAGACGGCGCCGGAGGACCAGUCGGCUGUGGCUGCCGACGCCAAGAAGCCCAAGCUCGAGGACAGCAAGGACAAGGAGAAGGAGACCGACUUGGCCGCGGAUGGAGGCGACCAGAAGAAGGUGCGGUACCCCAAGCGAAAGGUGGGUCUGUUGCUGGGCUACAAGGGCACCAACUACGUCGGUUUGCAGCGUAACCCUGGGUUCAAGACGAUCGAAUCGGAACUCGAGCGGGCCAUCGUCAAGGCCGGCGGCAUCGACGAGUGGAACGCCGGCUCCUUUACCAAGGUCAACUGGCAGCGUUGCGCUCGCACCGACAAGGGCGUGCAUGCGUGCCUCAACGUCGUCUCGCUAAAGAUAGGUGCACCCAGUGUGAGUGUCAAGUGUGAGUGUGGCCCUGGUGGAGUGAGUGGGCCGGCGAUUGCGAUGCGUUGA